CCCCCCGCGGAGUUUGCGGAACUCGCCUCGAGGUUCGAGGGCUUGGUUGUCACUGGUUCACGGUCGGAGAUCUUGUUGAGGCCAGACAGGAACGCGAAGCAGAUGAAAACCGAGCAGACCGUCAAAGCCAUCAAGCGGGAAGGCAACGCGGAGCCGAUCAUCCGCUGGGCGUCGGCGAACAUCAUCGCAGAGGAUUUCGACCGCGGUGUGCUCGAGCAGCAGAUCAAGGCGCAGAUCAUCCAUGAGGCAGAGGAGACACAGUGGUGUCUUUUGCACAACACCCGUGCUGUGGAGCGGCGGCAGUCGCAAGUCUGUUCCCUCCCGAGUAUCUACAUGGAGCGCGAGUUCCCUCCAGCACCUGGGACAAGGCCCGUCCCCGUCGGCACCGCUAUCUUGGCAGCCCUGCCGCGCGUGUCAAAGCUGAUCACCAUGACCAAGGCGGCCAGGCAGCUCCAGCUCUACCCCUCCAAGGGGAUUCUGCGCGACCACUCUCCCGUGCUCCUGGAGGCGGACCUGGGCGUCCCGAGCCUGCGGUCUUCGCAGAUUUUGGCUUCCUGGAACUUCGACGCCAUCGAGACCGCGCUGCAGACGCCAGGCCUGCGGGAGGGGUUCUUGGAAGAGGCAAACCUGGCCCUGCAGCGCGCGGCGCCCUCGUACCUGGGGUACUUCGAGAGCAACAUGAUCGACGCAGGCUACGCUUCUUUCUUGGACGCGCUGGCGCCGAUUGCCAAGAAGCACUUCGGCAGGGCCAGGCGGACCCCAGGCGCGGAGCUGGCGCAGCACCGACUCCAGGUACGACGCUUCCUCCGUGGACGUGCUGUGCUCCGCGCCAUGGGCCUCCCCCACUGCCACUACGAUUUUCAGAUCCGCGACCUCACGAAUCGCAUCAGGUGGGAGCCAUUGCCAGGGGCAUCUAUAGGACGGUCCCACACGCUGCGCCUGCGGAGUACGACCAUGGAUGCAUACCGCGACGCAGGCGAGAGAAUGCCAUUUUUGGGCACGCAGAUCUUGGCGGAUCGCUUGCGUAGCGCACGCGUGUGGCACAUUGCUGUUUUCGAUGACACGAAGAAUGCUUUCGGUUGUUGCGAGCACAAGCGCAUGAAUCAAGGACUUUUAGAGUAUUUGCCAGCAGGGGAUGUUGCCCUGCUCAGCGACAGGCGCACCACGCACCUACUUCACCUCGAGGGCGUUGAUCGCCCCACCACCCUUCACCUCCAAAGCGGGGCUUUGAUGGGGGACCCCAGUGCGCCCGACGAAUUUCGAGUUGAUUUUGCCCGCCCCCUCCAGGAGUGGCUCGCCCAGUUUCAGGACCCUGCUUUGUGCGUGUCGUGCCCCGUGUUCGGGCGCGAGGUCUAUGCGGGCCUGUUCAAAUACGUGGACGAUCUGGCGUACUUUUUGCUACUCCAGGAGGGGGCACUUUCCGAGGCUGUCGCCACAGCGCGCGAAGCCCAGGCCAAGCUCGGCAAUGCCCUGGCUGCGUACGGAUACAAGCAAAACACGUCGAAACAAGUUUUGGUCCCCCGCCUUUGUGGUUACAAGGCCACCCGCCAGUUUUACGCUGCGGAGGUCAUCAGCCUCCUCUUCGGUCGCGUCGGCUUCGAGAAUGCCCCCACCCUGUCCGAGGGCCGCCUCACCGUUCACGCCAACCCGUUCGCCGUUCGUUUCGUGACUGACGUUUACAGGCUCGAGCUUCUAACAGACUAUGGAGACUGGCGCUCCGUCUGGGGCGAGGACAUCCAUGCGCUCUUCCAUGACGACUACAUAUCGCAUUGCAGUUUCUGGAUCACAUUUGCGAGCGGCACUUGCCUUUCAUACCUGAGAGACGGGCUGGCGAUGGCGACCCCCAAGCCCAAGUGGAUGCUGGAGAAGCGGCCGCCAGGGGCAGAGGCCGAGGGCGCUCCCGUGCUGGCCAAGGCCAAGGGCGGCGGCCCCCCGCAGAAGGACAAGGGCGGCAAGAGCUCCGCCCCCACCCCAGGCUCCGCCUCCGACGCGGCCGCAGCCAGCGGGCCCAACAGCAAGCAGCAGCGCAAUCGGCACCUCGGGCAGAUCAAGGACAUGGGGUUCACCAAGAAGCAGGCCAACUUCAUCAACGUGAUGGUGAAGCAGACGCUCAUGACGACCCAGUUGGUGCGCGAGCUGUGGGCCGCAGGAGUGGACACGUACUUCCUGACCGCCGACCUGCCGGAGAUCGAGGCCGCGCAGGAGGCAGGGGCGACAUAUUCACACGAAGUCCGAGCCCGAGGCAAAGGCCACCAGCUCGGUCCUCCUCACCUUCAUAUAUUCAAUGGGUUCGUGACCAAGUUGCUAGAGCGUGGGCCCGCGCUGGGGCAGAGGACACACGCGAUGCUCAAAGAUUGGCACGGCAGAGUGUGGUGCGAGCUGCAGCCUCACGACCUGUACGACAUGGUACGGCUGUUCCGAGUCACGAAGUGCUACGACCAGAACAAGAGGAAGCUCCACCUGAUGAUGAGGGAUGUGGCACAGCCGAGCGUACCGCCCGAAUCAGACGAGCAGCAGCUGCCUUCGCCCUUGACAGUCCGCGGCCUGCUCCAGAAGGCACUCGAGGAGAUCGGCGGACGCAGGGCGCUGGGCGCGGCGCCACCAGGCGCAAUGGAGGAGAUACUACAGAACGCAGUAGACGCAAAAGAUAGCAGGUGCUCCAAGCUUCAGGCGUCGGGCGUGCCGUGCUUCCAGCUCGCGGUGGCGGGGCUGCCUCGGCUAGACUCCUGGCACACUGGACUUGCCAAUCUCGCAGCGGAUCGCGUCCUGGGCCUCCAGACCAUCGUGGACGGCAAGUUCACGAUCUCUGUAGAGGGGGACUUCAUGGGUCUGGACGGCAGCAACGAGGAGGCGGUCAAUACCAGAGACGGCAUCAUUGCAAGGACGGAUGUGGUUGAGCUCGAGCUUGCCAAGGUGGCGGCGAAGAAGCGCCGCACGCCUGCUGGCGCUGUGGACGGCGGCGGCGCACCGGGCGCUGAGAGGCUGGAGCGCAGACUCGAGGAGCAAAGGCUCCGCAGGGAUGCCAUGGCCAGGGGCCAAGGAGGUCCGGGCCCCAGGCGAAGCUCAAGGAGAGGCUUCGAUGGCGCGGACGUGGUCGGAGUGUCCGGGACCGUCGCACCGCACGACGGGGCCGAGCUCAUCCAUUGCCUCGACCCCUG